AAUUUUUUUUUUCCAGAAUUUAUAGAUUUCUAUAGCUUUGUGUUAUUAUUUUACUUUGAUUUCAUUUCAGCAAUUCACUUAUCCAUCUUUCCUUUCUACGUUACAAUUGAUACUUUUUGUUUUCUUAAAACUCUAAAUGAAUUAUUUUCUCAAAUUUCAGUCUAGCCUUUAAUUUUUCUAAUUUCCCAUCCUUUUUUUCAUGUUCCCAGUUGCUUGUGCAGAGCACAAAGCAAAAUCUUGUUAGGCCUAUGUAGGACCCCUUUGUUUUGUGACUCCCUUUUUCCCUUUAUGUGCCAGAAGUUAUGAGCAUACUCUAAAUUGUAGGGGUACUGCUUGUACCCUGUUUAAUAUUUCAUUUGCUGAUACAAAAAAUGUCAUGUGCUUGCUCAUUUCUAUUCUAAUUGAUUUUUGUUGUCCAGUAUUUGUUUUACCAGCUAUUUGUGUCACCAUUUUUCUUAAUUUUGAUUCCAAUGCAUGGAGAUCAGGUAGAUAUCAAGAAGUUAGUCUCCCACAUGAGUUCCCUAGCUUGCCUCCAUUCCCAUCUUCUUAUUCAUCUCACAUUUCCCAUAAUUAUAGUGAUUGCUUCCUUACUACCGUGCAACGUCCAACUUAGUUCAUGUUUUAAAUCUUAUAGCAUCUGAUUAAACUAUAGGAUUAAUUAAAAGGAUGAUCUAAGAUUCCAAGACUCCAAGUUCAAGCCUCCCUUUUUAGGCAAGGUAUUUCUUCAACAAGUAGGUCCUAGAUGCUUUGACAUUAAUGUUGCCUUUCAUAUGAGAGAUGAUGCUUCCAGGAUGAUGCGUCAGAAAUGAAUGAUCCAACUCUGUACUGUGUUCCCUCUGUAUUCAUCCUAAGUCACAUCCAAGAUUGCAGCACAAACACUGCUGCUUUACCUAAGAAUGGGCUGACUUGGAAAGCAGCUUCAAGAUCUAACAAAUUGAUGAAAAAUGGUGGUGUUCACAAAUUUGUCGUAGUUGUUGGCUUGCAACUAUAAUCUUCUACCCUCCAAAGAAUGCCCUCUCUGGACAUGGAUUUUCUUUGAGUUUCUCUAGUAACUUCCCUUGAUCAAUUCCCUAAAUCAAGGACAAUUCGAGGAUACAUAUAAAGGUGGAUGGUGUAAAGCUUCGAGGCAGCAUUAUGCACAAAUCAUUUCGAGGAUUCUUGUGUUGUAUCUAUCCAUCCAUCUAGUGUUAAGAAAACUCUUCAUGAACGCAUACAUGAACUGCAUGGAGCUGGGACUUUGGAUGUAACAAGUCAGUGGAGCUUUGAAUAACAGCUGGUGGCUGGUUUUGAUCAACAUUGCAAAAACAGUGCAGAGUGCGUUGCAACAGCAGCAGGAAGGUUAGUAGAGGAGUCAUGGUUCUGCUCCAUGUCAAUUGUGAUUUGGUCUCCAAUUCCUCUCGGUACACAAUCAGCACACUUUAUGAGAUUCCCAAUUUGAUUGGAGAUUUUGACUUCUAGCUUUAUUUGGUGAUGAUUAAUACAUUAGUGAUCCAACAAUUUUAUUCUUGAUGACUUAUUGUUGUGUACAACCUCUAGUGUUUCCUAAAGUAGAGGAAACUUUGUAAUAAUGCUAUUUUUAAAGUGUGUGUGUUUUACGGGAUUAGAUUACGGGAGAUAAGAAUACCAGUUGAAUGUGUUAUAUACGCAAAUUGGUUUUUGAUCCAUGAAUCCCCAAAAGCUAGAAAAGCUUGCUUUUAUCUUUGUGAUACCUUUUCAAAUUCAAGUUAUUAGCUGUGCUGGAUGGACUCUUUGGUGGUAAAUCAUAAUUGAACUUGAGUAUACCUUCAACCCAAACACGACUUUGGGAUUUGAUUCAUAUAUAUAUUUUUGAAUUCAACUGAAUAAAACAUAUGAUUAAUA